UAGUUUAUGGCGAGAGCUUCCAUAAAUACAAAGUAUACAUCGAGAUACGUAAAUUUAAGCGAAUUGAUGGAUGUAUGUUUAUGCCAGUGUAAUUUUAACGAAAAACAAGAAGAAAUCGUAUAACCGUUGCUCAACCGUGAUGUAAAAAUUAUAAAUUAUAAAAAAUUUGGGAAUUAUUGUUAAAAUGGCUGAAGAAAGUAAAAAGAUUUCCUUUGGCUUUGCUAAGUCUAUAAAAAAACCAGCGUUGGUGAAGCAGGUGCUACAGGAGCAGAAAAAAGUGGAUUACAUCGUUUGCCUCGAUGAGAAAGCAAUUAAAGUGAUUGGGGAAGAAGAAAAAAAAGAAGAGCCGCUUAUUAUCCCACUUUUAGGACCUAAGACUUGGCAUGAUAGAAUUGUUAAUAAAAUAGAUGCUGACAUAUUUGAAUCCAAAGUAGUAAGUGAGAACAAUAAACAAACUGUUCAGAUCAAAGAAGAACCAAAGGAAGUAUCUAAUGGAGAUGUGACGUCAGUUGAUAAUAAUGCUUCAAGUGUAUUGAUAAAAACAGAACCACUCGAUGAAAGUGAAAGUAAAACUCUUACUUUGGAAGAGCAGGCAGCUAAAGAAAUUAUAGAGGAUCUUGAAUCGAAAGAGAAGAAGGGUGACAAAUUGAAUGAUCUAACUUUACCCUUAACAGAGGAACAGAAUUUAAGAGGUGUCGAAGAAAGCACAAUAGACGAUUAUGAGAAGAUUCCAGUAGAUGCCUUUGGUUUGGCUAUGUUGCGUGGAAUGGGAUGGAAACCUGGCAAAGGGAUCGGUAAAAAUGAAAAAUUCGUAGCAACUGUUGUACCUGAAUUACGUCCAAAAGGAAUGGGACUGGGUGCAGAUAAGAUCACAUUACAGAAACAGAGUGGAAAACCUCAGAAGGAAGAGGAAGAAUUGCGAAUGGAGAGGGGAAGUUUCAUCAAAAUCAUUGUUGGCAAGCAGUCCAACACAUAUGGCCAGAUAGAAGGCUUUGAUGAAGAUGCAGGAAGAUUAAUUGUAAAAAUGGCUCUAGGAGGAAAUACUAUUUCUGUGAAUGAAUGUACAGUUCGAGCGGUAACAAAAGCAGAAUAUUUAAAAAAUUCCAAAGUUCUAACGCUACGCUUGGCUUUGGUACAGCUGGCAGUCGGGAAGGAUAAGGCGACGAACGUCGCGCGAGCCGUCUCAUUCAUCGAGCGCGCUAAACAACAGGAACACGCCGACAUUGUGACGCUGCCCGAGUGCUUCAACUCGCCGUACGGAACAUCCCACUUUGCGAAAUACGCCGAGAGUAUCCCCAGCGGCGAGACGAGCGUGGCUUUGUCCGAAGCGGCGAGGAGGAACGACGUUUACGUGAUCGCCGGAACAAUACCGGAGCGGGAGGAUGACAAGUUGUACAACACUUGUACCGUAUGGGCACCCGAUGGAAAGCUCGUGGCCAAGCACAGAAAAAUGCAUCUGUUUGACAUCGACAUUAAAGGGAAAAUCACAUUCCGAGAGAGCGACUCGCUGUCGCCCGGGAAUUCCUUGACAACCUUUGAGGCAAAAGGUUGCAAAAUCGGCAUCGGCAUUUGCUAUGACAUCAGGUUCGAGGAAAUGGCGCGACUUUAUAGAAACAGAGGCUGCCAGAUGUUGAUCUACCCUGCGGCAUUCAACAUGACCACGGGCCCGCUGCAUUGGUCGUUACUGCAGCGUUCCAGAGCAAACGACAAUCAAUUAUAUGUAGCCUGCGUUUCGCCGGCACGUGGCUCGCCGCCCGGAUACGUCGCUUGGGGGCAUACCCAGUUAACCAACCCUUGGGGAGAAAUACUCAACGAGCUGGAUGACUCCGAAAGUAUGCUGGUAGCAAACAUAGAUCUGAAAGUUGUGGACGAAGUCAGGUCACAAAUUCCAACGUUCGGUCAACGUCGCACGGACCUAUACGACACAGUUUGGAAGGAUUAGGGAGAUGUAACGUGUGACAACGCUUGCGCAUCGUGUCAUUAAGCAAUUUUGCACGACGACGAGCUAUCGGGUGCUCUAAAUUUCACACUCGAAUACCCCGUUAAUAAACAUCUUGCGCCCACGUUACACACACGUAAAUGUGCUGUGGAGACAUGAGCAAGCGUGUUUACACGUAAGUAUAAUCACCGAUGACAGGAUCAUGUGAAUAAACUUUAUUGCUCUGUAA